AUGUCACAGAAGAAGGUAUUUGUAGUCGAACACCUCGACCCCGAGCUGGGCCCCUGGUCUGGUCUCGAGUACAAGACCAUUGCCCAGGAGUCACGUGCAGCAGGUUGCGACUUCAUCCUGUCUUCUGUUCCAGCCUCGUUGCUGGCCAGUGACGAACUAAGGGAUGUAGGUGCAGACGCAAAAAUGGCAAGUGUCGAGGACUAUUUUGCUGCUCGUAAGGAUCGUAUCUGCCUCUUGGAUCCUCAAGCCUCACAAGAGCUCAGUCCCGCCGAUGCAUCGAACUUCGAUGUAUUUCUCUUCGGCGGCAUCCUUGGCGACGACCCCCCAAGAGACCGGACAAGCGAACUGCGAAAGAAGGGCUUCAACGGUCGUAGAUUGGGUCCAAAACAGAUGACCACAGAUACUGCCGUCAGAGUCACCCGCCUGGUCGUCCUGGAGCAGCAGAAACUUGAUGAUAUUUCGUAUGUUGACUUUCCAGAACUAAAGCUCGGCGAGCAUGAGUCCACGGAGAUGCCUUUCAGAUACGUCGUCGAUGGAUCUGGCAAGCCAAUCAUGCCAGAUGGUAUGAUAGACCUGAUCAAGGCCGAUGCCGACAAGGGAUUCGACCAGCUCGAUUUCGUGGAUGAGACAGAAGGCUUGGAAAACAUGACCGUCAAAUGA